UAUCUGUCCGAUUCGGGUCUAGAUACACAGAGUGUCUCAUCGCUGCUGCACGCGUGAUUUCGACUGUGCGGUAUUAUUUAUAUAUACUGGUUGUAACAAAAUAUAUUUUGUACCACGGUUGAGCUGAAUUUCAACAAUGUCAAUGGUAAAAUCCGUGACACUGGAAGAAGAAUUGAAGAAAAAUCCCCAAUUGAAGCUAUCAGAUAUACAAUCACUGAAAGAAUGGUGCGAGAAGCAACCGCACUUGCCAAAGAUUGAAGACAGCUUCCUUGCAAUGUUUCUUCAUAGUAACUAUUAUCGAAUGGAACCGACAAAGAACACAAUUGAGAAUUAUUACACGACUAGGACGCAUGUACCAGAAUUUUUUUCCAAUCGGGAUCCACUCGGGGGAAAAGAUCUGCGACAAGCUUUCAAAAUUGCAGCUAAUCUUCCCUUAAAAAAAAUAACAAAGGAUGGGUAUAAAAUCAUGUACGGUGCAUUUCUGGACACCGAUUCUUCUCGUUUCGUCUACAAUGACAAUGUUAAAUAUUUCCUAAUGGUGACCGACAUAUGGUUUCUGACUGAGGGUACGAAUAACGGAUACAUUUAUUUGGCCGAUGCUAGCGGACUAUCCUUUGGUCACCUUACGCGACUUAGCCCUUUGGGUCUCAAAAAAUAUUUAUAUUACAUACAAGAGGCAGCGCCAAUACGUCUGAUGGGAAUCCUGUUAAAUGCGCCACCCGCUAUGGAAUUGCUAAUGAAUAUGAUGAAACCAUUUAUGAAAAAAGAGAUGAUAGAUAUGAUACAUUUUCAUUCAUCGCUAAAAAGUGCUGCCGAACACAUUCCGGUAGACGCGUUACCGAACGAGAUAGGUGGAAAAGCCGGUUCCAUGUACGACCUUGCCGAAAUUGAAGUGAAGAAGCUCGAGGACUAUCGCGAAUGGUUUUUGAUGGACGAAGCAACUCGUCGUGUAAACGAAGCGUUGAGGAUCGGCAAUAGUAAAUCGGCGAGCGAUUUGUUUGGCAUAGAGGGUAGCUUUAAGAAGCUCGAUUCAACAAUGUCAAUGGUAAAAUCCAUGACACUGGAAGAAGAGAUGAAGAAAAAUCCCGAACUGAAGAUGUCAGAUGUACAGAUUCUAAGAGAAUGGUGCGACAAGCAACCUCAUUUACCAAAAAUGCAGGAUAUCCAGCUCUUUAUAUUUUUGCACUGCAAUUACUAUCAGAUAGAGCCGACGAAGAACACAAUUGAGAAUUACUUUACUGUUAGGACACACGUGCCGGAAUUUUCCAACAGAGAUCUACUUCAAGUUAAAGAACUACAAAAAGCCUUUCAAAUUGUGACACAUCUUCAUUUGGAGAAAAAAACAAAGGAAAAUUAUAACAUAAUGAUGGGACGACUUUUCGAUUGUGAUCCGUCGAAUUUCGACUUCAAUGAUCAACUAAAGGCUGGCUUCAUGAUAUUCGACAAAUUGGUUUGGACCCACGAUUUGAGUCCCGGAUUCAUCUACAUCGGCGAUGCUACUGGCUUCUCGUUUGGACACGUGGGACGUAUAAAUCUAAUGUCCUUAAAAAAAUUUGCAUAUUAUAUACAGAAUGCUUUACCGGUGCGCCUAAAGGCGAUUCAUGUCCUAAACAUGUCACCAGCUGUCGAAUUAUUAUACAGUAUGCUUAAGCCUUUCAUUAAUGCAGAAUUGAUAAAGUUGAUACACUUUCAUACAUCAAUGGAGAGUACAAGGAAGUAUUUUCCAAUAGAAGCACUGCCCAAUGAACUCGGCGGAAAAGCUGGUACUAUUCAAGAAUUAUCGAAUAUGGAAGUAAAAAAAUUGAAUAAUUUCCACGAAUGGUUUUUGGAAGACGAAAAAAUCAAUCGAGUAAACGAAUCAUUGCGGAUCGGCAAGAAUCAAACUUGCAACGAUUUGUUCGGCGUGGAUGGUACUUUUAAAAAAUUGGAAAUAGAUUGAGACACAAAAAAUAAUUUUGGGAUAGAGUAUAGAGUAUGCCUUCUAUAUAAUUAUUAUUCAAUCGAAGAGAUACUUUUCCAGAAAAAAUCUAUAGAGGAAUUUCACAUUGUGCACUUCUUUUAAAAUAAAUAAACUCACUGGGUUUAAUCAUAUAAUCGUAAAGCUUGCAAAAAAACCUAUAAUUUAAAAAAUAAAAAUUCUUAUAUAAAAUAAUUGUAAAAAAAAACACAAGUUAUUGUGCCUUUUUCAUUAAACUUUGAUUAUAAUUUUCUACGAAAUUUUACGAUACCUGGUAUAGCGCCAGAUGCGAUAAUACAUAUAUUUAUUUUGUUAAUAAAAUAUAAUUUAUAUAUACUUUUCUCUAUCAUUGUUGAUGUUAAAAAUACGAAUCAUAUAUCUAUCAAGUCGUGUCGACUUCACCGCUAAAUAUAUCGUGAAUUGACAAAACAAUGUUAUUUUUCUUGCAUUCGUUUUAAUACUUAUUUAUUAAGGUAUAAUGAUGCAACCUUUGCCAUAUCAAUGACAAACAUUAUUUUCACACAAUGUACUUGCAUAUCUCUUAAUGUCAUUCCAAUAGAUUUACCGAGCGAGGACAUACACGUUUCACUUUUGUGAGAAACAUGUUUCUCAAGAUAUGUAUAGUCAUGCGCAUAAUGAAAAGAUGUUAGAUAUAAUUAUCACAUGUAGAAUUUUACACGUGUAUAUGUGUUCAAAUAGAACUAUAUAUGUAACGAAUUAUUGAUAUUAUGAUACGAUAGUAUGCAUAUAUAUUAUUGCGAGAAGUAUUGGACACCGAUUGGAAUAAAUAUAUGUUAUAUUUUUCUUAUAAA